UUUCUAAUAAUUUUCAUUCUUAAAGAAAUCUUCUUAUUCUUAUUUUUAUUUUUAUUUUUAUUUUUAUUUUUAUUUUUAUUUUUAUUCUUAUUCUUAUUCUUAUUCUUAUAAUCAUAAUUAUAAUUAUAAUUGUAUCUAUAACUAUAAAAAUAUCUCUAAAUCAUCCAAAUCAUGUCUAUAGUUACUGGUUCAUUCUAUCAAAGAAACUUUGAUGACUCCACUAAUAAUGACCUAUCAAUCAACAUCCCAUCAAAAUACUCUUCCAAUCACUACCCAUCUCAAAACUAUAACAAAAAUCUUUCCCCUAUCUACUCAAAUUCAAACUAUAUUUCAAACAACAAAAAUUCUCAAUUCAACCUAAACGACUCAAACAUCAACAAUUAUAAUUACAACUACAACUACAACUAUAAUUCAAAUUACAAUUACAACUACAAUCAUAACUAUAAUUAUAUAAAUAAUUAUAAUAACAAUAAUAAUAAUUAUAAUAACAAUAAUAAUAAUAAUAACAAUAAUAACAAUAACAAUAACAAUAAUAAUAAUAAUAAUAAUAACAAUAUCAACAACUAUAACCACAGCCUAAACUCAAACCAAAUCCCUAUCCAAAAUUACUCUUCAACUCAGAACCAAAUUCAAAAUUCUCAUCACUCAUCAAACUAUAAUCUUUCCAAACAAACCAAUCACUACAAUCCUUCAUACCAUCCAGUCGAUUCUUCUGGAAAUAACUUUAAUGAUUACUCCAAAAAUUCCAUUUCUACUAAUUUUCCUCAGCAGCAACAACAACAACAAAAUGAUGACCAAAUCACAGGCGGCGUCACUCAACACUUGGAUUAUGAUUUAACUACUAUGGCCAAAUUCAUGUCCAUUUUUGCUUUCAAAACAAUCAACUAUAAUCAAGUCUAUCUCAACUCAAAUUUCGUCAAUCAAUUAAGAAACGUCUUGGCUGCUACUAGAUUACCGAAAUCUUCUCUCCUAUUAGCCUUAACCUACUUUGCUAGGAAAUCUAAUUCCUCCAGAUAUAAAAUUAACCACCCUGAUCAAUGUUUUGCUGAUUUGGUAACCUCUUUGAUUAUUUCAAAUAAAUUUAACGAUGAUAAUACCUUUACCAACAAAAGCUGGUCCGAUGCAACUGGCUUGUCUUUAAAGGAACUAAACACUUAUGAAAGAAACUGGUUGCUUGAUUGCAAAUACGAUUUGCAUUUCAACGUCAAUAAUUUAUCUGAUCUGGAAUUUUCAACUUUAAAUUUCAACUCAACCUCAAUCUCUGAUUCAAUUUCAACUCCAAGUCCCACUUCAAACUCAAUUCCCAUUUUAAAUCUAAAUGCAAAUCUAAAUUUAAAUUACAAAUCUUACAAUCUCUUAAAUUCUCCUACUGAUAACGACUCAAUUCCCCUUCUUGAAAAUCGCUCAUGGUUAAACGUUUUUGCCAAUUCCUCUUCUUUUAUAAGCAAUGAAAUAUUAUUAAAAGACGAUUACUAUGAUAAUCAAAAUACUUUAAAUAAAAAUUCUUCAAUACCUCAUGGGCUCAUUGAAUACCAAAAAAUACAACUAUAUUAUGAAAAUUUUAUUAAAUACGGUUGUCUCCAACCAGAAAUUUAUUCUCCCAACAAAUCUUCCCAAUUCCGCUACUCGAAUGGCUCAGCCAUUGAAUCUUCCUUGGUUCCUAAAAAGGAUUACCAAAAUACUUACUCUAGGCCUAAUAAUUCAUCCAAUUUCAAUAAUUCCAAUCAAUAUUUCAACCAUUUGAGCGCUUCUCACAACACUUUGGUCUCCAAUGGCUUGGCUACUCCAAGAACUACUAAUUUCGAAAAUUUCCACUCAAAUAACCAUUCAUCAUCUUACAAAUAUUAUCAAUCAAAGCAUGUUCCUAGUUUAUUAUUACCAUCUCCAAAUACGUAUAAUCAAUCUUUUUCAUCAAACAGUAUUUGGGGAUCCUAUGAAUCCAAAAAGAAAAAUAUAUUAGAUGAUUCUUUAUAUGACUCAACAUAUUCUCCUUGUCUAAAUGACAAUUUAAAUAAUAUGCCUCAAAAAAACAUUUUCCGCAGUAAUUACUACAAUAACAGACAUGUCGCUUCAAACGAUAAUGGUAAUAAUACCAAUAAUAAUGAAGCCAAUACCAACAAUAAUAAUAAUAAUAAUAAUAAUAAUAAUAAUAAUAAUAAUAAUAAUAAUAAUAAUAAUAAUAAUAAUAAUAAUAACAAUAACAAUAAUAAUAACAAUACUAAUACUAAUACUAAUACUAAUACUAAUACUAAUACUAAUAGCAAUAAUUUCAAUUCAGUCAAUGACUGUCAAACUUUUCCAACUGAACAUUUUAACACAAAUUAUAAUAGAUUUACGAGUAAUAGGAACUCGAAUUAUAUACUCCUAAAUAAUUACUAUAACAAUCCAAAGAAUAAUGACGCCUAUGGGCAUUAUAGCAACAAUCCCAUCAACAACGAUGUUUCCAAUCCAAAUCUGUUAAAUACUUAUUCAAACUGCCACAAACGUGAUAGCCUCAGGUUUUCAGAUUUUGUUUAUAAUACUGUCCCAGCUUGCUAAAUUAACUACUACCAAUUGAAACUAUCUUGUCCAAAUAUUAUCAGAAAAGGUAUCCUCCAAAGAGCUGACAAUAAUAUUGAAAAUUAUAUCAUUUUUUUAUGUUUUUUUUAUCAUUUAAAUUGUCCAACUUUCUAACCUCUGAUU